GGGGCUGAACCGCGUCGCCACGUCCCUUGCGUCACGUCCGGCGUGACGGGCCGAGGCGGGCGCCCGACGGGAGUCGGCCUGGCGAGCGGGGCCGGCGGGGCCGGAGGCGGCGGCGGCGGCGAUGGAGCUCAGAAUGAAGCGACGAGCCCCCGAUAGAGGUGGUGGGGAAACAUCAGCCAAGGUCCUCUGCCCAGGGAUUUCCGGCAGUAGCACCAAAAGAGCCGGGCCUUUCAUUCUUGGCCCACGUUUGGGCAACUCCUCAGUGCCUAGCAUUGUUCAGUGCUUGGCAAGAAAGGAUGGGACAGACGACUUCUAUCAGCUGAAGAUCCUCACCUUGGAGGACAAGAAUGACCAUGGCACAGAAACCCAAGAGGAACGUCAGGGCAAAAUGCUGCUGCACACAGAGUUCUCCCUCCUCUCUCUCCUGCACAAUCAGGAUGGGGUGGUCCAUCAUCAUGGCCUUUUCCAGGACCGAACCUGCGAGCUGGUGGAAGAUCUGGAGUCCAGUCGGAUGGUCCGAAAAAUGAAGAAACGUAUUUGUUUAGUGUUGGACUGCCUCUGUGCCCAUGACUUCAGUGACAAGACAGCUGAGCUCAUCAAUCUCCAGCAUUAUGUCAUCAAAGAGAAGCGGCUUAGUGAACGAGAGACCGUUGUCAUCUUCUAUGAUGUUGUGCGGGUGGUGGAAGCCUUGCACAAGAAGAACAUUGUGCACAGAGACUUGAAACUGGGGAACAUGGUGCUAAACAAAAGGACCCACCGAAUUACAAUCACCAACUUCUGCCUUGGGAAGCAUUUGGUGAGUGAAGAUGACCUGCUGAAGGACCAGCGGGGCAGCCCCGCCUACAUUAGUCCCGAUGUCCUCAGCGGUCGGCCGUACCGCGGCAAGCCCAGUGACAUGUGGGCGCUGGGAGUGGUCCUUUUCACCAUGCUAUACGGACAGUUCCCUUUCUACGACAGCAUCCCUCAAGAGCUCUUCCGCAAGAUCAAGGCUGCCGAAUACGCCAUCCCAGACAGAGACGGGCGGGUGUCCGAAAACACCGUCUGCUUGAUCCGGAAGCUGCUGGUCUUGGACCCUCAGCAACGCCUGGCGGCCUCGGAAGUGCUUGAAUCCCUCAGCUCCAUAAUUGCAUCCUGGCAGUCCAUGUCCACCCUCAGUGGGCCCUUGCAGGUGGUGCCUGAUGUCGACGAUCAGUUGGUCAACCCAGAACAUGCGCAUGAGGCAAAGGUGACUGAGGAGUGUUCCCAGUACGAGUUUGAGAAUUACAUGAGGCAGCAGCUCUUGCUAGCGGAGGAGAAGAACACGCUCCACGAGGCAAAGAACUUCCUGCAAAAGCGGCAGUUUGGCAGCGUCCCUCCAGUGAGACGCCUUGGCCACGAUGCCCAGCCCAUGAACGCCCUGGACGCCGCCGUCCUCGCACAGCGCUACCUUCGGAAGUAGCUCCCACGGGAGGCAGGAGUUGCGUUCCACCCGCCCGGCCUGGCGCAAGAGCAGGGGCCAGGCCUAGGUGCCAAGCGAUGUAGCAGUCUUCCCUGGGUGCUGAGGGGUCUUGCUCGCCGGGGUUGCCCCAAGAGGACAAGUGGAAGACACCUGGCUGGGACCAGCACCUGUGGAUUUGAACUCCCAUCCUAGACGGUAGCCUGCUUUUACUUAUGACUCUGAAAUCUACCUCUCUGCCUUUUUUAACCACACUGUUCUCCAGACUGAAAUGUAGAGCGGUUUUGGCAAAGGUUGUCCUAGCAGGCUCCUUUCCUCACACAAACUGUGGAAAGAAGGUGGACUGCAUUUCGCUCCGUAUGGUUUGAAUAAGCUUCCUUGUUUUUUUCUCUCCAUUGUCCUUCACCCUGGGUUUCCAAAAGGUAGUUCUUCCUUAAGCCCAUUUUGGUUCAAUACCCUGAGUUCCGUUUUCAGUUUAAGCUCCAGGUUGAAUUAAUUUGUGCAGGCAUUAAUUUGGGAUACCAGUGUGAUUACAGCCUUGCAAAAUGUCUCUGAGUUUGUUGAACUGAGAAAAUUUGCUUGCAGAUUCUAGCUAGGGGAAGUUUCAGCCCAGAGCUGUUUAAAAUGUAGCUUUUCUGGAGACCAAAGUCUCCGAGCCACUUAAUUAUUUUGGAUCUCCUGGCUGUUCUGUUUUGGUUUUGAUUUUUUUAAAAUGGUAGCUUUUGAAAAGUGCAGCAAUGUUGCAUUAAUUGUUUUUAUCUCUUGCCCCAUUAACCAUGGAGGCAUGUUUGAAGGGAUAAAAGUUUGAUAAUGUGAAAGAGGAGGAGUUGUCCCUUCCCUCUUCCAACUAUUACACACACACACACACACACACACACACAGUUACAGACCUCACCUCAGUCCCCCGCACAGGUGCUCUUGGCAUGGUCUCACCAUUGUCCCUGGUCACAGCACUUGCCUGUAUGCACAGGUGGUCCCUUGCUCCAAGCUAGGACUGGGCUGUGUGAUGCCUGAGCCAUGGGGGUUUUUUGGACUGGAUGCCUUUCUUGCCAGAUAAGUCAUGCACAGCAUCCUGUGGAGAGGAUUCCAUUGCAGAAUUCUCCGGUUUCUUUUUCUCUUCCAUCAUCAGUUCAUUUUCCAGCAAUGUUGGCUCUCCGGCGUGCUGCCCUUAGGAAGACCUGGAUGCUGGUAGGCUGGAGGAAGCCCGUUAGACGGGGCUUGGUGCAACAUCUUCCCUGGAAGGGGUGGGGGGUGGGGGGGUGAGCAGUAGAAAGCAAUUUCCCCAAGGUGAGUGUGUUCGCAUGAUUGAAGAUUUCUGACUCUGUUGCAUAGGAGAAAAAACACAGUUCCAACAAGGUCUAGAAAUCUGGUGAAAUCCAGAUGAGGCUGAGCCUGUCAAUUGGAACCGCUACACAGGAGACGGGUGCAGUUAUCAUGGUCAGUCUCUGGAAACUGGCCUAGGAGCCUGCCUCAAGAGAUCGGUAAGCCCCACCCCGCCUUCUCUCUCUGCGGCUGUAGAAUCUGGGUCCUUUCCCAGCAGCUUUGCCCAGGGAGGGCAGCAGAGGUCAGGGCAGCAGCAGCCUUGGUUGGCUGAAGUGGGAAGUGAAAAGUUGUGCACUUAACCUUUGAGCUGCUUUUGCGCAGCCUUCCAGGAAGCUGCCUUCCCUUCUCCUGGUGAGCCCUGUGGCAAGGGAGCCCUGCACAUGCUUGUCAAGUGGGAGAGAGGUGCUUCUGAUAUAGAUGGGGGAGACAUACAGACAUUGUCCUGUGGGAAAGCGCACUGCAGGGAUGUGCCCUCGGGAAAGAGCCCUUGGGGGCCUCACCUUCCCGGCCUGCUUUAAGUUCCACCCCUGGUUUCCAUCUUCCUGUAGAAAUGUUGGAGGCAGAAGCUGCCUGGGGAAGGAGCAGCUUUCUUGCCCUCCAGAAGGGGUGAUGAGGGUCUUCCCAGGAGGCUGUGCCACGGGAGUCAUCUCCCAAAUCCUUGGAAUGCUAACUUAUCCCUUCACAGCUCUGCCCUCUUCCCACCUUUAAUUUUUCCACCCUUCCCCAAGAUAGUUAAUAAUAUGUUUGAAUGGCCUGGUCCUUCUCCCACCCUUGACAAAAAUAGCAAUACUCCAUUGAUUUGGGUGUUGGGUGUUCCACCAUCUGUUGCAAUAAAAAGCUGACUGGAAAGAGAUGGAAAGGGACCCUGGGUGGGCUGAGGGCCUGGAAAGGGAGGUUGUGAGCUGCUGGGUUGGCUUGGGGAGAUGUCAUGUUGGGUGAGACACCACAGACAAAAAAUCCCUAUUGUAAAAACUUGCCAAGAACAUUUGUAUAGAGACCUAUUUUUGUAUUACACCCAUCUAAUCCAGCAUGCCAGCAAUAAAAUUUCAUAAUGUAGAAUUCAUGCA